CGGGGAGUAGGGGCGGCGACGCGGGCCAUGGAGAGGGGGAGGAUCCGAGGAGCACGACGCGGUGGCGGGGAGCAGGGAGUCGUCGGCGUCCAUGGCCCAUGCCGCUAACCGGCUGCUCCAGGGGCAAGACCAGAAACGGUGGCCUGCAUGUGGAUCCAAACGCUCGAGAAGCAUACAUAAUGGCAUGGAUCAAAGUUUUUCAAAAUAGCAAUGAGAAGGGGCGGGACUACCCGGUGACGGUGAGCGGUGUGGAGGUCGUCCCCGAUCCCGUCGUCAGGGGCGAGCCGGCUACCUUCAAGAUCUCUGCCUCCACAGAUAAAAACAUCACUACAGGGAAGCUAGUGAUAGAUGUUGCAUACUUCAUCUUCCACGUUCAUUCAGAAACUCACAACUUCUGUGAUGAGACCUCUUGCCCAGCAACUGGUGAAUUCGUGCUGGCUAGCCAACAGACAUUGCCAUCAUUCACCCCGCCAGGUUCUUACAGUCUCACCAUGAAGCUUCUGGGAGACAGCAACGCUGAACUGACCUGCAUCUCAUUUGGGUUCAGCAUAGGGUUUGUUACACCUAAUGCCAUUAUCUAAACUCAAACUCGACCAGCGUUUGUGUGCCAAAUGCCCCAUGGAUGUACUUAAUUACAGAACACUUAUUCCACUUACUUUCGUAUGACUUAGAAUGUGUGUUUGUGUGUUCAACCACCCUCUUUGAUGCGGAGUUGGACAUCUAACUACAUAUGGUGCUAGCAACAGAACCUUGUUUUGUUGGUGCAUAUCAGCGUGCUUUAUGCCUGUACAA